AUGCACGCGUGCUUGACGGUCGUUCGGUUUGUAAAAUUAACGCCACAAAUUUCAUUUUUAUUCAACAUUAGAGCUACGAGGCAUCUAGUGCACAAAGCUAUUUACGGUCUAUACAGUUGUGUAUUAUUUAAUUUCUGUAAAAGCGCUCUUCCUCGUCGUAGCAACCAUUAUAAAUGUGACAGUUUUUCUCUUUCCUCCGUGUUUACACAGAAAUACGUCCCAAUUCGUGGCGUGUCGUCGAUGGAGCAGGCAGCUGCCACACCGGUAGAAGAUGAAAACCCGGUGUCGGCAGGAAGAACCACGGAGGAAGAAGCCAAAGUAACCGGCAAACGGAAAAGCGAUGAGGCGAGCGGUUUCAGUAAGAACCAGAGAGGACCCCGAAGAAAGAAGCUCCGUGCCGGGGAGAGAUACGUGCCUCCUCCGCAGAAGCGAAACCCCGGUGUUAGUUUCAGCCAGGAACACUUCGACGAAACCUCGUACUACUUCGAGGACGGCCUGCGUAAAGUGCAUCCGUAUUAUUUUGACUUCAAGACCUACUGCAAAGGUCGCUGGAUCGGAAAGAGCCUUAUGGAAGUGUUCGAGAGUGAGUUCAGAUCGGAGUCCAUUGAGUAUUACCAGAAGGCUGUCAAAGAGGGUCGCAUCCGCUUGAACGAGAGCCCAGUGGAUGACUUGUCUAUAAUACUCAAGAACAACGACCACAUGAAGAAUACCGUCCACCGUCACGAGCCCCCUGUCGUCGGCAAGCCUCUGGAGGUCCUGGUGGACGACGGCGAAGUCGUAGUGGUGGACAAGCCCGCCUCCAUCCCGGUCCACCCUUGCGGCCGUUUCCGACACAACACAGUGAUUUUCAUCCUGGGGAAAGAACUGGGCAUCUCUGAGCUGCACACGGUCCACAGAUUGGACAGACUCACUUCCGGAGUGCUGCUCUUUGCCAGAACUCUGGAGAUUUCCAAGAAACUGGACCAGCUGGUGAGAGACAGGAAGCUUGAAAAGGAGUACGUAUGCCGAGUAGAAGGUGAGUUUCCGGAAGGUGAGUUGAUCUGCGAGGAGCCCAUCCUGGUCGUGUCCUUUAAAAUCGGGUUGUGCCGCGUCGACCCCAAGGGGAAGGAGUGUCGGACCGUGUUCCAGAGACUUAGCUUUAACGGCAAGACCAGCGUGGUGCGCUGUUUGCCACUGACGGGCCGUACGCAUCAGAUUAGGGUGCACCUCCAGUACCUGGGCUUCCCCAUCCUCAACGAUCCCAUCUACGGAGCUGACGCCUGGGGUCCUCACAGAGGGAAGGGGGGUUUGGUAGGAAAGAGUGACGAGGAGCUACUCAAGGCUCUGGUGGAGGAACAUCGGAAUCAGGAGAGCCUCCAUUUGCUGGAGGUUUCUGACAACGGGACUGUUUUAUCUCAAGAUGGACUAAAAGAUCAUCUAGAUGGACCGUGUGAAGCCAGCAAGAUUGAAGGGACUCGCCAGUCUCAAUGUGGUGACCUAACAUCGCUUACCGUUAACGUUAGCAGUGACAAUACCUUACCUGAAGAAUCUCAAGACCCACUACCAGAUGAUAAAUCGCAGAGAAAUCAAAAGCAGUUUCCAAAAGACCCCUUGUGUAGUGAGUGCAAACUUAUACGGGCUGACCCCACUGAAAAGGAACUUAUCAUGUACCUGCAUGCCUUACGAUACAAGGGUCCAGACUUUGAAUAUUCAACACAGUUACCCGAGUGGGCCAAAGAUGACUGGUUAGAAGUGGACUGA